AUGGCUGAAUCCUCGAGCCUCAAAUCUGAAGCCAUUAUCGACUUGAUGAAGCAACAUUUCACCACCGAUGCUGGCAAAGAACUCGUCAAGAAAAUUGGACUUGUUUAUCAGUUUCAAAUUGCUCCUAAGAAAAUUGGAAUCGAUGAAGUUGUGUAUACUGUUGAUCUCAAGAAAGGAGAGGUUACCAAAGGGCCAUAUGAAGGUGGAAAGCCGGAUGCAACUUUUUCCUUUAAAGAUGAAGACUUUGUUAAGCUUGCAUUAGGAAAGCUGAAUCCGCAGAUUGCUUUCAUGAGAGGUGCAAUGAAGAUUAAGGGAAGUUUGAGUGCCGCUCAGAAAUUUACUCCUGAUAUCUUCCCAAAGCCUUCCAAGCUGUGA